CCGGACUACUGAAUAAUUACUGUAUAGGUAGGCAACCCAUCACUCUAAUAUGGGAAGCCUCAAGAAAACAAAAAAACAAAAAGGCAUUUGAAGAGGAAAAGAAAGGUCCAAGUACGAAGUCUAGCUUGGGUUAGGCAAUUUAAGCGUCUGUAGUUUGACGGUUUCCUACAAAAUAUCAAGUCCCCACUUUGUAAAAUCCCCUCCCGGCCCGGAGAUGAAAAGCGAUCCACCGUUGGCGACGGCGUUAUGGACGUCGAUCACGACCACCGCCCGCUAUUAUCCACAAUCAAGUCAUUGGGCCUUUCGAUGAAGAAGAUCAUGAAUAUUCGUGUGUUUGAUCUGACUGUGUUGUCUCUCUUGUCGAUCGGUUUACUCUAUAUCUUCCUCUCCUCCUAUUCCUCCAUUAACAAUCCUUUCUUCCCUCCUCCAAAGUCCCAAUGCCAUUCCACCUUAAUGUUCAAUAUGAGUACGUAUAGAGAUGAGCUAGAAGAAGUAUUGGCGGAGACUUCUACGGAAAACAAGAGUCUUAUCAUCGCCGUAGUCAACAAGGCUUACGUGGAGGGAGAAAAGUCAAUGCUCGACUUGUUUUUGGACAGUUUUUGGCUCGGGGAAAAUACUCUGGUGUUGAGGGACCGCCUGCUGAUAGUGGCGGUCGAUCAAACGUCUUUUGAACGGUGCAGAUUUCUCGGACUUCACUGCUAUAAACUGGAAACGGAGGGUGUGGAUUUUAUUGGGGAGAAAUUGUAUAUGUCUGGUGAUUUCAUCAAGAUGAUGUGGAGGAGGACUCUGUUUCUUGGAGAUGUCCUCAAGCGUGGCUAUAACUUCAUUUUCACGGACACAGAUGUAAUGUGGCUAAGAAACCCAUUCUCAAGGCUGGUUCUGAACGAAACCUUAGACCUCCAAAUCAGCACCGAUAAGUUCAACGGAAACGAAAGUUCCGGAGACAACCUAAUCAACACCGGCUUCUACAUGAUCCGGUCCAACAACAAGACCAUCGCCCUAUUUGAUUCGUGGUACGCCAAGAAAGACAACUCGACCGGCAUGAAGGAUCAAGACGUCCUCCAAGCACUGAUGAAGGAACCUGUGUUUACGGAUUUAGACCUCAAUGUGAGGUUUUUGGACCCGUUAUAUUUCAGUGGAUUUUGCCAAGACGGUGACGUUAGGGAUGUGGUUACGGUCCACGCCAAUUGUUGUCGGAGCAUAAGCGCCAAAGUGACGGAUCUGACGACUGUUAUACGUGAUUGGAAGAGGUUCAAGAGGGGAUCGGCCAACGAGAGUUUGACAUUUGGUUGGACGAAACACAUGGCAUGUGAAAAUUCUUGGAAAGAUUAAUGAGGGAAGUUUUACGGUUGUAGAUUCGAUCAAGGUGUGAUGCUAAGCGAUCCCUUCUCUUGUAAUAUUCAAUAAUGUGCUUGAAUGAGUGCAUGAAACAUGUAAGGUCCAUUUAUUUAAUUAGAUUAGAUAUGAUUCGAGCAUCGAAUCUAACUGUAUAUUCAAAGAUUACU